GGGCAGGGUAGAGCGGCUACGCCAGUCGCACAAAGGGUGGCGCUCCCUCCAACCCGGCGUGCACCAUCGAGAUGUACCGGGGCCGGAGAGCGAGAGGCCCUCCUGCCCAGCAUCAAGCCAGUAGCCGGUGGCAAUGAGCACAGAAGUGGCAGUGUCUGACGGUGCUGGCAAGGAGAUGGAGGCCCUGUGCUCAGAGCUGCUCCUGCCUGCCCUGGGAGAGGCAGGAGCUGUGGGAAGCCCUGGGGUGGCCAGCACCGGCCUGGCAGGAACACCGCUGCUGACUGCCAGCCAGGACUUGAUGAUGGCAGAGGUAUCGAUGCCUGGGGAAGGAGCUCAUGCUGAAGGAAACAACGUGGAAGUAUUCAUCGAGGCUGUGGCUGGCAAUGUGACAUUGAGCAGUGCAGCGAAUGCCACAGAGGUGCUGGUCAAAGUGGUAGAGCUGUAUUUCUGUGAGAGGUGUGGCCAGAGCUUCCCAGAGGCCUCCCUGCUAUCCCAGCACCAGUGCCUACUGUUGGCAGCCCCGGGGCACCUGGAGCUCCCCGGGGUGCUGUCAGCUACAGCCAGUGAGGACCAGAGCAAGUCAGGGGCCUCGGAGCCACCCGGAGUCAGUGUGCAGGAUGGUUCCACUCCCGAGAGCCUGCUGUGCCCUGUCUGCCAGGAGGCGUUUGUGCAGCCCGGUGAACUCAAGGAGCACUUCAAGGCCCACUGUGCCCUGCCAGGAGCCCUGCCCUGCCCCGAGAAGGGCUGCAGUUUCUCCACAGAGGACCGCAAGAAACUGCGUGGCGACCUGCGCCGCCUGCACGGGGCCUCCCCUGUGUCCUGUGCCUGCCGUGCCUGCCCCCUGCUCUUCCCCAGCCGCCCGGCCAUGGAGCGGCACCACCGCACCCACUUCCCCUUCCACUGCGGCCACUGCGACUUCGUCAUGGCCAACGCCAAGCUCUUCUGGCAGCACAAGAAGAGUCACGCUGCAGGGUGCCCCACUGAGACUCCUGCGAUGGGCGGGAGCCCCGGCUUGGGCCCCCCCAGCCUGGAGCAGCGCUGCGUCCUGCCGUCGGCAACAGAAGAAAAGCGGGAGGAAGCAAAGAAUUGCCACCCUGGCUGGGAAGCCACCACAGCAGAAGCCAGGCUGGCAAAGCCAGCAGGUGCCAGGGAGAGCUCCUUGGAGGGACAGAAAGUGUCAGCUGGAGAUGAGGAAUUGGACAGUGGCAGGGACGAGUCACCGGAGGAGGAUGGUGAGAGCCCCUGUGAAGGCAAGGCCAAAGAGGAGGGGAAGGCAGCUCCCAAGAAAGCCAGGGUGCCUCAAACACAGCACUUCAGAGGUGAUGUUGCAGAUGGCUCCGAGUACCUCUACAGAACCCACAUGUGCCCUGAAUGCAAGCGGUGCUUCAAGAAACGAACGCACUUGGUGGAGCACCUCCACCUGCACUUCCCCGACCCCAGCCUGCAGUGCCCCAACUGCCACAAGUACUUCACCAGCAAAAGCAAGCUGAAAAUCCACAUGAUGCGGGAGAUGGGCGAGAAGGUCCACCGCUGCCCACUCUGCCACUACAGCUCAGUGGAGAAGAACGCCCUCAACCGCCACAUGGCCAGCAUGCAUGAGGACAUAUCCACCUUCUACUCUGAUGUUUACUCCUGCCCCGUCUGUGAAGAGAAGUUUCGGCUCAGCCAGGCCCUCAAAGAGCACUUGAAGACUCACAAAGCUGAGCCCAAGAGGCUGAGCUGCUUCCAGGGGGGCUGUGACUACUGUGCAGAGGACCGGAAGGAGUUUGUCCGUCACCUCAAGGAUGCUCAUGGCAUCAAGGCGGUGGAGUGCAGGUACCAUGCCUGCUCUUUGGUCUUUGGCACAGCUGAGGCCAUGGAGGCUCACCGAAAAACCCACUAUGCCUUCCACUGCCAGCAGUGUGACUUCAUCUGCUCUAACAAGCACGUUUUCCGCAAGCACAAGAAGCAGGGGCACCCAGGCAGCGAGCAGCUCCAGUGCAGCUUCUGCCCCUACGCCACUUUCAACCCCGUGGAGUUUCAUGACCACGUGGGCAAGAUGCACGCCAAUGAGAAGAUCCACAAGUGCACCGAGUGUGCCUUUGCCACAGCGCACAAGAGGGUGCUCAUCCGGCACAUGCUGCUGCACACUGGAGAGAAACCUCACAAGUGUGAGCUUUGUGAUUUCACCUGUCGGGAUGUGAGCUACCUGUCCAAGCACAUGCUGACCCACUCCAAUGACAAGAACUUCAUGUGCACCGAGUGCGGGUACAUCACCAAGUGGAAGCACUACCUGAACGUCCACAUGCGCAAGCACACCGGAGAUCUCCGGUACCAGUGCAACCAGUGCUCGUACCGGUGCCACCGUGCCGACCAGCUGAGCAGCCACAAGCUGCGACACCAGGGAAAAAGUCUGAUCUGCGAGGUGUGCGGCUUUGCCUGCAAGCGCAAGUACGAGCUGCAGAAGCACAUGCAGGCAAAGCACUCCCAGAACUACCAAGUGCCCAUCUUCCAGUGCCAGUACUGCACCUACCAGACCAAGUACAAGCAGGCACUGCUCAACCAUGAGAACUGCAAGCACACCAAGCAGAAGGAGUUCCGCUGCGCUCUCUGCUCCUACUGCACCUUCAGCAACACCAGCCUCUUCUUCCACAAGCGCAAGAUUCAUGGCUACAUCCCUGGUGACAAGGACUGGCUGGAAAACUAUGCCAGCAAGGAGAUGGAGAUCAGUUCAUCUGAGGCCCUCUUCAGCUACGAGCUUGGCACAGCCCUGCGUGUAGAUGCCAGCUCCCCCCUCACCGGCAAGGCGCAGUGCGCAAAGGCAAAGCUGUCCCAGCUGGAGUCCCAGGGAGAAGAGAGCUACCAGCAAACAUUUGUGGUGCCUCUCCUUGGGCAGGGUGCUGCUCCUACAGAGAGUGGUGGCAAGACAGAGGGAGGUGCAGGUAUGGGGGAGCAGAAUUACCCCACUGCUGGCAAUGCCAUGGGAGAUGACUGCAUGCAAGGAGAUGCUGCUUCAGGCUCAGCUGAGCUUGGCACUUCUGGGGACGUAGCGGAGAGCUGCACAUUGCACUUGGAGGCACUGAAUGUCUCCUCUGACCCCCUCCUGGCACAUUUGACUGAAGAAGCCUGUGUGGCACAGCCAGAGAACGUGGAAAUGUCCUGCAAGGAGACACCUGCAGCCUAUGAGAUGCUGGGCACCCGGGGUGAACUCAGCUUAGAGGACAAUGACAGCACACUUGAAGACAUCCCAGACUUUGAGGAAGAGGAGGCAGAUGUGCAGGAGAAUGAGGUGGUGAGGCUGGAGGACAGAGCAGCAGCAGGAGAUGGCCAGGGAAAAGACUCCCCAAGGCAACCCACUGGUCACCUCGAGGGGUUGUGCUCAGACCACCACAGGCUGGUGGCAGCCAGUGAGAUUAGAGAGGCCAGCCAAGCCAAGGUGCCUGAGGCUUGGCUUAGUGUGCUGAAGACAGCUCAGCAGAGCCACCUGCCUGUCCCAGAGGAGGUGGCCACCUCCAGUGACUCUGCCAGAGGUAGCUCAGAGUCAGUGCUGAAGGCACUGCGGAAGCAGGACAAGGAGCAGGCAGAGACACUGGUGCUGGAGGGCAGGGUGCAGAUGCUGGUGGUACAGUCAGAGAGCCAGAUCUUUAAGUGUGAGAAGUGCUCAUACAUCACGCGGAAGGAGAAGUCCAUGUCCCUGCACUCCAAAGCCAGCUGCUGCCAGAGCCACCGGGCCCCACUCGUGUGCCGUGAUUGCGGUGCCAGCUUUAAGCAGCAAAGGGGGCUCAACACCCACCUCCUCAAGAAGUGCCCAGUCCUCCUGAAGAAGAACAAGAUCCCCAAACCAGCUGGUCAGGAGCCUGCUGACCAGCCCUGUGAUAAUGGUAUAGAAAUGGCAGGGGGCAAGAGGGAAGGCUUGGAGGAGCCUGGGCAUACCAAGAGCCCCUGGGAAGCUGAACUGAUGACUGAUAAAAUGCAGGCAGUAGGCAGUCCCUUGUCUGGGGAACAGACCUUGGGCACCCCUGUCCCUGAAAAAGCCUUGCUGUGUGACAGCACAGAGGUGGCAGGAGAACCUCCCCAGCAAAGGGAUAGGGCUGAGACAGGUGGACUUGCUUGUCUCCUCCAGCCUGGAAAACCCUCAGAGAAAUACCAUCUGGAGGGAGGGAAGCUGCACUGCAACACCUGCUCCUUUGUCUGUUCCCGUGUCUCCACUAUCACCUCUCACGUGGAGGAUGGAUGCCGGAGCCUAGAGCAGUUCUGGUGCUCCCUGUGCCCUGAGGGCUUCCGCUCCCAGAGGGCCCUCAAGAAUCACUGUGCCAAAAAGCACGUGGUGCAUCUCAAGGAAGUCAGAUCCCAAAGCACUGAGCUCCGUGAAGGGGACCAGGCCAGUGUUGAGAUAGGACAGCCCAUUGAGCCCCCUCUGGAUGCAGCUCCCCCCAGAUCUGCCCUUCCCGAGAGAAGGCGUUUCUCCUGCCCCACCUGCCCCUUUACCUGCCACCAGGAACGGGCCAUGAACACACACAAGAAGAGGGGCUGUGUGGUGCUGGGUGAGUUUCGCUGCGCCUCCUGCCCCUUCACCUCCAGGGCAGCCAAAGCCCUGCGGCUGCACCGCAGGCUGCACCGCAAGCACUACAGCAAGCGGCCACAGCUGCAGUGCCACCAGUGCGAGUUCACCUGCAAGCAGGCACGCUGCCUGCGGCAGCACAUCCGCAUCAAGCACGAGGGGGUGAAGCCCCACCAGUGCCGCUACUGUGAGUUCAGCACCACACGGCGCUACCGCCUGGAGGCCCACCAGUCCUUGCACACCGGCGUGGGGCGCAUCGCCUGCAGCAUCUGCAGUCAGACCUUUGGGACAAACUCCAAGCUGCGCAUCCAUCGCCUGCGGGUGCACGAGAAGACGCCCACCCAUUUCUGCCCGCUCUGCGACUACAGCAGCUACCUGCAGAACGACAUCACCCGCCACGUCAACAGCUGCCACCGUGGCGACCUCAACUUCGGCUGCUCUCGCUGCGAGGCGCGCUUCAGCUCUGAGACGGCCCUCAAGCAGCACGUCCUGCGGCGGCACGAGGAGAAAGUUUCCUACGGCUGCCCACGUUGCGUCUUCGUGUGCCACAGUGAAGCCACGCUCAAGUGCCACGUACAGAAGCAGCACCCGCACCUGGAGUGCAGCAACUGCAAGGAGACCUUCCCCACCCGGGAGGCACUGGAGGAGCACAAGACACAGCAUUUCAACCACCGCUGUGAGCUGUGCAGCUUUGCAGCCAAGGAGCGGCAGCAGCUGGUGCGGCAUUACGUAGAGAGCCACGAGCCAGAUGCCCUCCAGGACAAACCCCUCCGUUGCCCCUUCUGUGACUUUGCCUGCUGCCACCAGCUCGUCUUUGACCAGCAUAUGAAGGGCCACGGGGGCACCCGCGUGUACAAGUGCUCAGACUGCGAGUACACCACCAAGAACAGGCAGAAGAUUACAUGGCACAUCCGCAUCCACACCGGUGAGAAGCCCUACAAGUGCCAUCUCUGUAAAUACGCCUGUGCUGACCCCUCCCGUCUCAAGUACCACAUGCGGAUCCACAAGGAGGAGCGGAAAUACCUCUGCCCUGACUGUGGCUACAAGUGCAAGUGGGUGAACCAACUCAAGUACCAUAUGACGAAGCACACAGGUCUGAAGCCGUACCGCUGCGACGAGUGCGAGUACCGCACCAACCGGGCAGAUGCCCUGCGGGUGCACAAAGAAACACGACACCGGGAGGCUCGCUCCUUCAUCUGCGAGCAGUGUGGCAAGGCCUUCAAGACCCGCUUCCUCCUCAAGACCCACCUGAAGAAGCACAGCGAGGAGAAGCCCUAUGUCUGCAAUGCCUGUGGGCGGGCUUUCCGCUGGGCAGCCGGCCUGCGCCACCACUACCUGACCCACACCAACGAGCACCCCUUCUUCUGCCGCUACUGCCCCUACAAGGCCAAGCAGAAGUUCCAGGUCAUCAAGCACAUCCAGAGGCAUCAUCCCGAACGUGGGGCCAAUGACCCCAGCCAGGGGGUGGGCAAGGACCCCAGCACACCUACCGUCCACCUCCAUGCUGUGCAGAGGGAGAGUUGGGCUGAAGGGCCCCCCAGGAUGGAGCAGGAAGGAGGGUGCCCCACAGAGGACAGUGCUUUGCAGUAAACCUGAAUGCUGACAGCUUCAAGGCCCCGGUGGUGCAGGUGUGCUGCAGAGAUGUCUGUGUGUGUAUAGGUAUAUGUGUAUAUGAGAUGUAAAUUAUGUGACUGUAUAAAAGGAAUCUUUUGGCUCCUUUUAA